CUCUCCAGCAGCUGCGGAACGACCACGGUGCCCCAUGGAUGUGCCAGAGAGUCGCGCGGGUGGCCCCGCUGCAAAAGUGUACCUCUGGGACCAGUUGGAGGAGGGGAGCCUCGGGACGCUGCUGAGCUUGGAGGAGCAAAUACUCAACUCUACGUUCGAAGCUUGUGACACCCAGAGGACAGGCCUUGUGGCUGUGACCCACGUACUAGCAUACCUGGAGGCUGUGACAGGACAGGACCCGCAGGAUGCACGCCUCCAAACACUGGCCUGCAACCUGGACCCCAAUGGGGAGGGCCCUCAGGCCACUGUGGACUUGGACACCUUCCUGGCCGUCAUGAGGGACUGGAUCGCUGCCUGUCAGUUGGAUGGGGGAUUAGAGCUGGAAGAGGAGACAGCCUUCAAGGGGGCCCUGACCUCCCAGCAACCGCCAUCUGGAUGCCCAGAAGCUGAGGAGCCAGCCAACCUGGAGAGCUUUGGAGGCGAAGACCCCAGAGCUGAGCUGCCCGCCACCGCCGACCUGCUGAGCAGCCUGGAGGACCUGGAGCUCAGCAACCGCAGGCUGGCCAGGGAGAACGCCAAGCUCCAGCGCAGCCUGGAGACCGCCGAGGAGGGGUCCACGCGCCUCGGGGAGGAGAUCGCAGCCCUGCGCAAGCAGCUUCGCAGCACCCAGCAGGCCCUGCAGUGGGCCAAGGCCGUGGACGAGGAGCUGGAGGACCUGAAGACUCUGGCCAAGGGCCUGGAGGAGCAGAAUCGCAGCCUCCUGGCCCAGGCCCGGCAGACGGAAAAGGAACAGCAGCAUUUGGUGGCCGAGAUGGAGACUCUGCAGGAGGAGAACGGGAAGCUGCUGGCGGAGCGGGAUGGAGUCAAAAGGAGGAGUGAGGAGCUGGCCACGGAGAAGGAGGCUUUGAAGCGGCAGCUCUAUGAGUGUGAACGCCUCAUUUGCCAACGAGAUGCUGUCCUCUCGGAGCGCACUCGCCAUGCGGAGAGUCUGGCCAAGACAUUGGAGGAGUACAGAACGACCACCCAGGAACUGAGGCUGGAAAUCUCACAUCUGGAGGAGCAGCUGAGUCAGACCCAUGAGGGGCCGGAUGAGCUACUGGAAGGGGCCCAGGCGAGAAGAGUGGGCUGGACCAGGCUGCUGCCCCCGUCACUGGGCGUGGAGAUCGAGUCCAUUCGGCAGAAACAGCUUCUCCUCUCCCAGAAACAAGAAGUGGCAGCCGCUGCUCUCUCCAGCCCUCUGUGUGGAGUGUGGCAGUGGGAGGAGGUCAUCAUUGAGACGGAUGAGGAAGUGGAGUUUCUGCCUGAAGCCCCGGCUGGGACACUGAGACACUUGCAGGGAGAGCUAGCACACCUUCAGGGAGGAAGGAAGGAGCGAUCAAUGUGGUUGCCCAGAAGAGAGGAAGAGGAAGAAGCAGCGCCCCAGAUCAUGGCCAAUCUCCCCAGCCCUCUGGGGGACCCGCAUCCUGGAGAUGUUCUGGAAAGCCCUCCUGAGAGCAGCCCCACCGAGCCCGAGCCGCAGCAAGCAUUGGUGCCUGUGCCCAGAGAGCUGGUCCCAGUCAGGAGACCAGGCUGGGGCCAGCUCUGCCUGCCCUCCCUGCAGCCUGAGCCACUCAGGUGCGCCCCGAGGCAUCUCCAGAAUGAGGGUGGCCGGCACACGCUGGGGUACUGCCCCCUGUUGAGACAGCCCCAGCAGCCCCCCGCCCUGGGGCCUUCUCUGAACACUGGGCUGCCUCCCACCAGGAUCACUCGGCCGCCGCUGAUCCCGGCCCCCGUCCUGGGCCUGCUGCUGCUGCUGCUGCUGUCCGUCCUGCUGCUGGGCCAGUCCCCGCCACCCACCUGGCCCCAUCUCCAGCUCUGCUACCUCCAGCCCCCCCCAGUGUGAGCCGCUCAGAGCAAGGUCUAGUCAGAGAAUUCCCGGGGAAUCCUACUGUUA